UGAAGCUGGAGUUUGUGAGAAAACAGGUUACAGUUAAGUGUACAUUAAAUAAAGUUCACUAAUAGGAAAACUAUUUGUAGAACGAUGAAAACAACGUUGAAAUGCAGCUGCAAGAGAAGAAUAGGUUAAACAUGUUGCCUGGUUUACUUAAUUGUAAUGUUUCAUUGAAUGAAGGAAACAAAACCAUUGAAACACUACUUGAAACAAAAUAUCAAAAUAUUGAUAGUGAAACAAAAACAUAUUUCAUCAUGCUGGUGCUAGUGAUGGCUUUGAUAUUUUUCGUACUACUGAUUGUUAUUUGCUUCAUGUGUGUUCAUAAAAAGUCAUUGUGGAAAAAUAGUGUCGAAGCCGGUCCACACUUGAACCCAGAGGAUGUGUUAACAAAAGUGCAUCAAUUUCAACGCCAAAAGGUACAGCUUGUUGAACAGCUAGAACAGGGCGAGUAUGGUAUUUACUGGAAAGCGAUCGUAACAGGAGUUGCUGGUGAUCCUACGAUGGAGAUUCAAGUAAUGGUAAAGGAGACUGUGGUACGAUACGAUCAGCAGGCACUGCUGAUGGAGCUCAAAACUUACGUACAUGUAGGACAUCAUGUAAACAUCGUCAAUUUACUUGGUGUCGUAAGGGAAAACAUGAACCAAGGAGAGCUCUUUGUAGUAACGGAGUACUGUCGGUUUGGAAAUCUGAAAGACUUUUUGCUAGAGAAUCGGUAUGCAUUUCUGGACGAUAGUAGCGACGAACUGUUAGUCUACGAUUCUAGUAACGCUACAUUAAGCUCGUUCAGUGUGAGACGCACCUACAGCAAGCUGGAUCUGCUUAACUGGUCAUAUCAAAUCGCAUGCGGUUUACAAUAUCUCGCAUCACGAGAGUGCGUGUAUGGUAAUCUGUCCGCACGCAAUGUACUGCUCGGUGAGGGGAAUAUCGUGAAGCUAACUAACUUUGCUGUACCGCGCCGAGUACAUUUGAUAGGAAAACUCACCCAAAAAAACUUCCUAACACUAGAGCGAAUGGCUCCGGAAUAUCUGCAAAGUGGAACGUUCACUAGCAGCUCGGAUGUUUGGUCGUACGGGGUACUGCUGUGGGAAUUGUUUUCAUUGGGCUGUGAUCCUUGCUGGAGUAUGACACCGCGUGGAAGUUUGGUAGAUCGUUUCGAGUGUGACACUAGGUUAUCUAAACCGGAGUAUGCGAAUGAUGAAGUGUACCAGAUAAUGUGCAGCUGUUGUGAGCAAGAUCCGCUUGUGCGACCAAGCUUUAUGGAGCUUUGCCAUAAGCUUUAUUGCAUGAUUCCAAGCUACCUUUUAAGGAGUUAUGAAGAAUUGAGAAAUAUGUACUCCAGCAUAAAUGCAGUAGAUAGCGCAAUUUUGUAAUUCCAAAUAUUUACUACAAAUUUGUGUAAAAUAUGUACGCGCAU